UUGUUGAACAGUUCCCCGCGGGAUUGAAUCUCCGAUCUCCCCCAAAUCAAAAUUUUAGGGAUCUUCCACAUUUUUCAGUUCGCGGGAACUCUGAAUUCCAAAACCCUAUUCCUUAUUCUUGUACUCAAAUCAGUUUCGUCCUCAAAUUUUCUGCCCCAUUCAUCCAUUCCCCUUCUUCUUCUUCUUCUUCUUUCUAUUGUCGAUACCCCCACUUGAACUUUGCAGAUCCGAAUGGAUUCCCUCCAUGGCUUACCUCCCCUCAAAAGGCUCAGAUUCCUUCAAGAACAACAGCAACUGAACCCGCAAAAUGAGGAUCAAUCGCUCCGUUCCUGUUCCCUUCCAGCGAAGAAGCGAAAGGAGUCUCGCGAUUCAUCAUUGUUCUUUCUUCCAGACGCUACUUUGCCUCACCCAGCCCCCAUUUCCGCUUCUUACUGCUUGCCAACCAAGAAGAGAGUGUGGGCGCUUCACCCUGAUUUCCCCCCCGAGUCAUUGGAUCUCAAUGUUGAAUACAAGCCUCCUUCAGAGGAAGAAGAAUCGGUACCGAAAACAGAAUCAGUGAGAGAGAAAAAUGAAGAGGACGAGGAAAGCGAAAUUUCUGAUGUUGAAGACGAAGACGAUGGGAUCCUCUGUGCGAUUUGUCAAAGUACAGACGGAGAUCCUUCAGAUCCAAUCGUGUUCUGCGAUGGAUGCGAUUUAAUGGUACAUUCUUCAUGUUAUGGCAAUCCUCUGGCGAAGAGCGUACCAGAAGGCGAUUGGUUCUGUAUCCAAUGCUUAGCUUCUUCGUCUUCUAACACAGAGAAGAAGGUAUCAGAAACUCCAUUUUCAUGCUGCCUCUGUCCUCUCAAAGGAGGGGCCAUGAAGCCGACGAACGAUGGCCGAUGGGCUCAUAUUGUUUGUGGCCUCUUUGUUCCUGAGGUGUUCUUCGAGGACCCAGAUGGCAGAGAAGGAAUUGAUUGCUCAUUGAUUCUGAAGAGGAGAUGGGAAUCCAAAUGUUACAUCUGCAAAACUUCUAGAGGUUGUGCUAUAGAUUGCUCAGAGCCCAAAUGCAAUUUGGCUUUUCAUGUUACUUGUGGGUUGAAGGAGGAUCUCUGUAUUGAGUACAGAGAAGGAAGAAGAUCUGGUGCCAUUGUAGCUGGGUUCUGCAGAAACCACACCGACUUGUGGAAGAAGCAACAACUAACAGGAAAGUUCAAGAUCGUGGCUCGAGAUGAAGGUAAAUUGUAGUUGCAGGGAAAUCAGGUUGCUCUAGAUUUCGAAUCAAUGUUUAGAUAUCUAUUUCCGUUCAUGGCAUGGUGCUUGCUUGUAAUUGUGUUUAAUUAAAUGAUAUAAUAAUUAGGCUAAAA